UGUCGUGAGUGUUAUAAUGCAAUGCAUCGUAUGGCUAUGCCUCGUUUGGCUUUGAAUAAUUAUUUAUAUCGGGGAGAGUUAGUUGACAGUAUUGAGAAUAUUAGUUGGGUAGAGGAAAUGGCCUGUGCAAUAUAUCAUACAACAGCACAUGUUGCCCGUAUAUAUGGGUCAUCAAGCUCUGGUGAUCCAUUACAGCUGCAUGGAAAUGUAUGUGCUCAUCCUCUUGAUAUUUGUUCUAUUGCCAAAAGAUUACCUUGGAGUCCAGCGGAUUUAAAUGAUUUGAUUACUGUAGUAUUUGUAGGUAAAGCAAAAUUAAAUGAGGAUGAUGUAAAGAAACUUAAGCCAUAUUUUGUUCGGAGAAAUGUUAUCCGGUUGUUGUUAUGUGAUUUGUGUCGCCGUAAUCGCUUGUAUACAGGGUUGUAUACACUAGAUGACAGUAUGUUGGAAUUAUAUCCUGAUAAUGAUUUGCUUCCAGGAUUGCAGGAUCGUAUUGUUUAUGAU